UGUAUAGAGAGAGAACAAGGAGAAGAAUAUAAUUUUUUUUUUCUUUUUUUCAUUCUUUAAAAAAAAUUCUAAAAAUUCGCUUGAAAAAUCCAUGUUUUUCUCAUAACAACGUUCCCAAUUCUCAAUCUUUCUCUGUGUCCAAACAGAAUUCGUAUUAUCUAUCUCCAUUCUAAUAUUUUCUGUUUCUCUUCUUCUUCCCUUCUACAGAUGAAGAAGAAUCUGUCGACCCCGUGUCCCACGCAAUUGUAGUUCAAUUCCCUGUGAAUUUUUUAAUUUUCUAUUCCUAACCAACAAACACAAAACCUUUUUUCUUUUUGUCGAACACAAAAACCUAAACAAUACCCAAAAAAAGAAAACUCGCCUGUCUUUUCCCUCGAAACCGCCUUUUUAUUCAUUCCAAUACCCAUAAGGCGGUUUUCGCUUGUUUGACCUUUACUUUCUGGGUUUCCAUUAGGGUUGUGUUUCGUUCCUUUCCUUCUAUAUUAUUUUCUUUGGUUCUCUGCGUACUCUCUUUUUUUUUCCCCUUCUCUAUCAAAUUUUUGAGGCGGUGUUGGCUAAAGUUAGCCAGGGGUGGGUAGGAGGAGGAGGAGGAGGAGGAGGAGGUGGUGGUGGAUUGAUCUUUAGGCGUACGCGUGGACGGUGAGAGAUGAGUACAGAGGUGGUAGCAAGUAGGUGGGGCACAUGGGAGGAAUUGUUGUUGGGUGGGGCAGUGCUCCGGCAUGGUACCCGAGAUUGGGAUUUGGUCGCCGCCGAGCUUCGAGCCCGAUCCAUUUGCCCGUAUACUUUCACACCUGAGGUAUGUAAAGCCAAGUAUGAGGACUUGCAACAGCGUUUUUCUGGAUCCAAAGCUUUGUUUGAGGAGUUACGAAAGCAGAGAAUGGCAGAGUUAAGGCGAGCUUUAGAAGUUUCUGAAGACUCAAUUGGGUCACUGGAAUCAAAGCUUGAAUUUCUCAAGGCUGAGGGAAUAAAUGACAGCAAUGUUGGUUAUGACUCCAGUCAGACUGAAUCACUUGUACCGUUUCAGAAAUCUGAUGGAGUUGAAUCUUCCAGUAAAGAGACAUCAAAAGAUGGACUAUCGGCAGGGAGUUUCACUCAGGAAACCAGGACAAAUUGGUCCCCUGAAUGUCAGGUUCCCGCAUCUGCAUCAGUUGAAGAUGUUGAAACGAAACCAGAAGUUCCACUAUCUCCUAAACAAGAGAAAGUUUCAAACAUAGCAACUCUUGCAGAGGCCUUUUGUAUGGGCCAAGGAGGGAGUAUAAGGCGGAGGAGAGGGAAGAGAAAGAGGAAAAGUUGUAGUAAGGAUGUUAAGGAAGGGAGUGUUGGAGAAAGUGAUUUUUGGGGUUCAACUGAUGUUUUAUCAGUUGCUCGUUGCAAAGAGAAUUCAACCAGCAGUUCUGGUCAAACUGGCAGAGGUUUCGAAAUUGAUGAUAAAAGCAGGGAUUUGAGCAAGGAUGGAGUCGCUCCUAAUCUCAUGGAAAUUUUUAAUUCUAUUGCAGAGAAUAAAUGUGCCUCUGUCUUUCGACGACGACUUGAUAGCCAGAAGAGGGGAAGAUACAAGAAAAUGAUUUUGCAGCAUAUGGAUUUUGAUACAUUAAGAUCAAGGAUUGCGAAUGGCUCUGUUACAUCAGUUAAAGAAGUUUACAGAUAUCUGCUGCUACUUGCUAACAAUGCCUUGGUCUUCUAUUCCAAGACUACGCGCGAAUACAAGUCUGCACUACUUCUCAGAGACAUUGUAAUGAAAAGUUUGCGACAGCAUUUAAAGGAUUAUAUCAGCAAGAGUACUAUUACACUCCUCUCAACCACACAAUCAAUGCUUCAUCUUCCUGGGAAACCUCGCAGUGCUCGGCCUGUUAAUCGCAAACAGUUAGGAAAGGUUUCCAAAUCUGGGAACACCAUUGCAAAGACUCCAAAUACAGUUAAAAAACCAAGUGAUGUUCAGUCUCUUCCUUCAGCAGAGUCUGUAACCAUGACAAAGAAAGGUUCCGGCCGGCCAAGAAAAGCUGGCCGCAGAAGCACUAUGCAAUCACCUGAACGGAGUCCACCCAAAGGAAGAAAGAGAACUAGAGCUAGGUGACCAUGUUUGUAUAUUGUUCUUGUUCUUGUGUCAACAUUUUGCAAGCUCACUUUUUUGUUGUAGGUUCUCAGUGUAACAAGCAUUGUAGGAUAUUUUCAUGUACAGAAAUCGUCAUCUGGUGAAAAUUUACGGUUGUGUAAAUAUCAUUGCAACACUCACAGCAAUUACAGAGAAUCAGUCUUUUUCUUUCUUUUA